AUGCUGCGGAAUCAAGGGGUUAAAUUGCAACUGAAAAGUCAGAUGAAAGGGUUAACCCUGUUCAUUACGGACUUACGUAAUUCCAAAGAUCAAGAAGAAGAAUAUAAAAAGAUGAAUCUUGAAAUCAACAAUAUUCAAGCAAAAUUUGAUACUAAUCUUAAUGGAACUCAAAAGAAGAAAUAUGUUAGUAAAUUGAUUUAUAUUUAUUUAUUAGGAAAUAGUGAAUUAGUUAAUUUUGGUUUAAAAGAAUCAUUUGAAUUACUUCGAUCUUCAGUUUAUUCAGAGAAACAACUUGGAUAUUUGGCUGUUUCGAUAUUGGCAAAUAAUCGAGAACAUAAACCACUUAAAGACCAUAUGAAUUAUAUUCUUGAAUUGGUUCAUGAAGAUUUGGUUCGGGAUUUACAAUCUCAAGAUGAAGAAUUUAAUUGUUUGGCUGUACAAUUCAUAUCUACUGUUUUUAAUGUUAAUAAUUCCAAAACUAUUCAAAUUUUGGAACUGGAUCCAAAUUCAGAGAAAUGGUUAGAAUUGAUAGAUAUGGUAUAUGCUUCAGUUACUUCCCCUAUUCAAAAACCAAUCAUGAGAAGGAAGGCAUCAAUUGCAUUAAAAGUAUUAUUUGAAUUAUAUCCCGAUGUAAUUAUCACGAAUAGUAAUUGGAUUCUUCGAUUACUUAAAUUAAUAGAUGAUAAUGAUUUAGGUACUGUUAUUUCAAGUAUUCCAGUAUUACAACUUAUAUUACGUCUCAAACCUCAAUUUGUCAAAUCAAUUGUCCCCUCGAUAGCUCAGAAAUUAUAUAAUAUAGUUGUUGACAAUAUGUGUCCUCAAGAAUAUUAUUAUUAUAAUUUCCCAGCACCUUGGUUAAUCAUCAAAUUAUUACAAUUCAUAGAACAAUUAUUCUUAUUAGAUGACAAUGGAACCCCUGUGCUUACGAUUCAUAUUCUUGAUGAACAGACAAUUGGUCAUUUACGUCAAGCUGUAGCUACAUCUAUUCAUAAUGCAACCCAACCUAUAAAAGGAUUACCCAAUCGAAAUUCCCAAAGUGCAAUCCUAUUCCAAGCAGUUUCGCUUGCAGUAUUUUUAGAAGCAGCACCAGAAGCAAUUCAAGGUGCAAUGAACGCGUUAUUAAUGUUAUUAAAUUCCCCAGAAACAAAUACAAGAUAUCUUGCCCUAGAUGCAUUGAUUAAAUUAACAGCAAGACUGGAUUCCACAUAUUUAUCAUCCAAGGAUAAAUUUGACGAAAUUCUUCAUAUUAUGAUUAGAUUAAUUCAUGAUAAAGAUAUUUCCGUCCGAAGAAAAGCACUUGAUUUAUUAUAUACAGUAUGUGAUUAUAUCAAUUAUGGCACUAUCAUAAGUACAUUAUUGGAUUAUUUCCCUAAGGCUGACCUAUCUUUGAAAUCAGAAUUAGCUAUCAAGAUUGCUCUUUUGGCAGAACGAUUCGCCACUGAUUCGACUUGGUAUGUUAGUACCAUGCUUAAAUUAUUGUCUAUUGGUGGUAGUGCUUCGAGUUCUGGGAUGGGAUAUAUUGGAAAUGAAAUCUGGGAACGGGUGGUUCAGAUCGUGGUGAAUAAUGGCGAUUUACAAAAGAAGACAUGUAAGUUGAUUAUCAACUUAUUAAAGAAACCAUAUUCCCGGAACCCUGAAGAUAAUAAAUCACCCGCACCACCACCAUUUUCCGAGAAUUUGGUAAAAGCCGCAGCGGUCAUAUUAGGAGAAUUUGGAGAACAAGUUAAUGAUAUUGAAGAAAUGAGUGUUGAAAUUCAAUUUCAAUUAUUGUUGGAUGCAUAUUUUAAUGUUUCUCUCUUGACUAGAGCAAUGUUAUUAUCGACAUUUUUGAAAUUUGUCGUCAAAUUCCCCGAUGAAGAAUUCGUGCCUGAGAUUGUUGAUUUAUUUGAAAUUGAAACUCAAUCUAUUGAUUUGGAAAUACAAACUCGUGCUUAUGAAUAUCUUAAAUUAGUAACCACUGAUUCUGAUUUCACACUUGCCAAAAAUAUCAUAAAACCAUUACCGGUAUUUAAUCAGCAGGAAAGUCCAUUAUUGAAUAGAUUAGGGAGUGUGAGUAGGAUCGUAAGUUUAAAUCGAUCAAGAUCGUUGGUUUUGGCUAAAAAUAUCCAUUCUAAAUCAAAUGGUAAACACGAAGAUUCCGAAGACACAAACCCAUUUGAUGGAGAAGCAACCAAUAAGAAAUCAUCAACAACUACAUUAUCAUCAAAUUGGUAUGUGGGAUAUCAUAGAAUGCUUCAUUAUGAUAUGGGGAUAUUUUAUGAAGAUCAAUUAAUCAAAAUCACAUACAGAGUAAUCAAGAAUGGACCAAGUAUAGACCUAAUUUUCACAAUCAUCAAUAAAGCUUCCAAAACUAUCGGAACGGAUAUAACUGGAUUUAAUGUUCUUAAUUUAGAAUCAUUAACCAAACAAGAAGAUCCUAAUUAUACAUUACGUAUCAAAACCGUCCCCGAAGCAAACAUCUAUGACAAAACUACGAUGGAAAUUGAAAUAAAAGUUCGAAAUAUCGUCGAAAAUCAUGAAAGCCCAGUCCUUUCCAUGACAUAUAUGUGUGGAGGAUCUUUCAAUCAUCUAAAUUUGAAAUUCCCCGUAUUGUUAAUCAAAACAUUAGCACCUACUUCAUUAACCGGAAUAGACGAGUUUACGAAAAGAUGGACCCAGAUUGGUGAACUUUUGGGUGUUGAUAAGGGACAAUAUAAAUCUCAGGUCCAUCUUUCUCAUCGACUUAAUGCGUCUAAUAUUUCUAGACUUUUGACAAGGCUUGGAUUUGCCAUUGUUGCGAUUUCACCGGAUACUCCAGAUACGCAGAUCUAUGUGACUGGUGCUGGGAUUUUACAUACUCAGAAAUCGAAUUAUGGGGUAUUGGUUUCGAUUAGCGGGGAGGAUGCGAUUGGGAAAGAGUUGUUGGUGACUGUUAGAUGUACUGGUGGUGGAGUUUCUGAAAUGAUUUGUAAUACCUUAUGUGAAAUAUUUAAAGGGAAAUUAUAA